GGCCUCUAAAUUUAGCCUGGGUAAAGGCAGCAACGAGCGGACCGGUUGGCGACCCACUCCUGCUGAACUAUAUACUGCUUUGGACCCGCUGUUGUUCCGCCACCUGCACCACUAAUUCCUUUUUGUGUUUGUGUGUGUGUGUCUUGGUACCACUUGUGUUUUGGUGGAAGGGAAGGGGUGACUGGAUCUCUAACCCUCUAUGAGGAAUUGACAUUGCUGAGAGGAUGGCUGAUGGCAACUUGUCACAGGGACUGUUUAUCUGUGAACGGUCCACUGCUCUAAUGCAAGUCACAGCGUUGUGAUUUGCGACAGCGAGUCAGUCAGCCCGAGGCUAUGGGUCAGUCAGAGGGGCUAGAGAGCAGGGGUGGCAUAAACAGCCCUGACCCCCUGGUACGAGAGGCCUAUCUGAUGUUACAUGACUAUAUAAACUAUGUGAUUGCAGGGCCCGACGGCCACAUAGGCCCACCACCUACUGCCACAGCAGCAGCCCUGCGCCAUGCUGGGGAUGAGCUGCUAGUUAGGUUCCCCAUCUUCUUCAGGCGCUGGCCACGCGUCUUCCACGAUGUGACCGAGGCCACAGCCUGCCCCAUGCUCACCGCCAUCCUGGAUGAGCACUUUGCCACCACCACCCCCGGGGGGCGCCGACGAGACCUGGCCUGGAGUGCGGUGCUGUCUGUGUAUGUGCUGGCUGGCCAGAUGGCCCUGCACUGCCACGAGAGGGGCAUGGAGGGAAUCGUGCCCCAGCUUAAGGAGUGUGUGGGGGGUUACGUGGAGAGGGUCAUCUGUCCAGAGAUUCGGGACAAGGGUGGAUGGACAGGCUUUGUGUCCCGCUUUGGGCAGAAGCAGGACUUGGAGGGCCAGGUGAAGAAGGUGUGUUGCUGGACUCUACUACUAUUGGUCACCAGUAUCCUGUCCUAUUUCCUGUGGAAACGAAUAAUAUCUUAAACAACACCCCCACCUGGUGACCACAAUCAGAUCGCUCCAAAAGUCCCCUUAUUGAAUAAAUAUUUUCCCAAAGCAUA